AGGCCUAAGCUUAGGAGCUACGCAGCCAAUCCAGUAAAAGGACACGGAUCGAUGACGUGGCAUGAAAUAUCCAAAUCCCGCCUAAACCCCCCGAUUUUAAUUUCGUGCGCAAUUGAAUUUCAAUUUGCACCUCAACUUAAUAUCUCCGCCUUUCGCACCACACUCUCUCAACUAGCUCCUCAAUCCCUUCCUUUUUCUCUCUCUUUGUUUCCCCUCUUUUGUGUCUCUUUUAACCCUAACCCUACCUCUCCCUAACCAGGAUUCAAUAUGAAGGGAGGAAAAUCUAAGUCAGAGAUGAAGAGCGCCAAGCUCAACGUGAAAUCCAAAGCCGGAAAGAAAUCGGGCAAGGCUGCCAAGGAUCCAAACAAGCCAAAGAGACCUGCUAGCGCCUUCUUUGUGUUCAUGGAGGAUUUCCGUGAGCAAUACAAGAAGGAACACCCUAAAAACAAAUCCGUUGCUGCUGUUGGCAAAGCUGGAGGUGACAAAUGGAAGAGUUUAUCUGAGACUGAAAAGGCUCCUUAUGUGGCCAAGGCUGAGAAACGGAAGGCUGAGUAUGAAAAGAACAUGAAAGCUUACAACAAGAGACAGGCUGAGGGACCCAAAGAUGAAGAUGUGGAAUCUGAGAAGUCUGUGUCGGAGGUGAAUGACGAUGAGGAUGAUGAGGAAGGCAGUGAAGAUCAGGAAGAUGAUGAUGAGUAGGGAUGAAUCCUUGGGAUAGUGUUUGAUCAAUGUAGGCUGUGAUAGUUUUUGAUCAAAAUCUUAUGUUAAUGCUUUGAUGUUUUCCGUGUUAAUUCUCUUGGAUGCCACACCAUCUAAAGGGAGAAAUGUACCUCAGAAUCCUGAUGGUUUCUUUUGACUUUUAGAAAA